AUGCUAAUCUUCAACCAUUCCAGUUUCGUGACCUUCACUCUGAUGGGCAUACCUGGCUUAGAGUCACAGCACUUGUGGAUAUCUGUUUCUUUCUCCUCCAUGUUUAUGGCUAUCCUCAUUGGUAAUGGUGUUAUCCUCUUCCUGGUGGCCAUAGAGCCCACACUUCGCACACCAAUGUACCUGCUCCUAGCCCUGCUGAUGGUGGCUGACCUCAUAUCCACUCUGGCUCUGGUGCCCAAGCUCCUCUGCCUCUUAUGGCUCAAUGAUCGGGAUAUAACUUCUAAUGCCUGUUUUACCCAGAUGUUUUUCAUUCAUGGGGCAUCGGUAGUCCGAUCAGCCCUACUUGUUGCCAUGGCCUUUGACCGCUUUGUGGCUGUGUGUGAGCCAUUACGUUACAACACAAUUCUGAGUCAUUCCCUAGUUGGACGCCUGGGACUGAUAGCUCUAACCAAGGGUGUGAUUCUUAUCUUGCCCAUGCCUCUUCUACUUCAAAGGUUGACCUUCUGUCACAUGGUCAUUCCUCAUACUUACUGUGAUCACAUGGCUGUGGUAAAAAUGGCCUGUAACCACACUCGAGUCAAUAGAAUCUACGGGCUCUUUGUGAUCCUGCUUGUGAUGGGAUUUGAUCUGGUGCUCAUUGGCUUUUCCUAUGCCUUCAUCCUUCAAGCUGUGGGACGCCUCAGUUCUCGAGAUGCCACCUGCAAAGCACUGAACACCUGUUCAGCUCACAUAUUUGUCAUCCUUGUUACAUAUGUGCCUGCACUCUUUUCCUCUAUCACUCAUCGCAUUGGUCACAAUAUUCCACCUCAUACGCAUAUUCUCCUUGCCAAUCUCUACCUUCUCCUACCCUCUAUGCUCAACCCCAUUAUCUAUGGUAUAAAGAUGAAAGAAAUACGAUACAAGAUGGCCAAAUGCCUGGUCAGAAGAUCUGCCUAA